AUGUCUACAAACAUGACAUAUCCCGUCUGUCCUGUUGGUUGCAGGGACCCGGACGCCUGGAAGGGCCAGCUUAUCGCUGGCAUGAGUACCCUGGAUGCGCUUGUUUUGGUUUUGGGGGCCGUGAUGUGGAUUGUCCGGUUCAAUGCCGGGCAAGCCCGGUUGGGGCACCCCCAGAGCAUGAUGACCGAGGAGUACCUCGAACGGAAGAAGAAGUGUCCGUGGUGGAAGGUCUGGGCCGAGAAGGGUGACCAGCAAGAACCUCUCCCUCCAACGCAAGAACGCUCCCCCCUGCCCGGCAACACCACUCAGGCCGAAAAAAAAAAGAAGUGGAUUCCUCCUCCCAGACCGGCGAACCCGGCGAGAUCAAGGCCGAGGAGGAAAAGCAGAACCACUCCCCUCGCCUGCCAAUAUUGUGCGAUAACCACUUGGCUGUGCUGCCCGGUUGGGGGGACAUCCCCCACGUUCAAAGGACAGACUCUGGGUCUUGGGUGGAGUUCAUCGCGCCGCCAGCCCGACGAUGUUGACGCUGACGUCCUGUCCAACAUCAAGAAAGCCCUCAAGGGCAAGGACCGUGGAUAA